AUGGCGACGAUGUCUCUUGCCGCGGCGUCACCCCUCACCUCCACUCCCCGCGGCAUCGCGGCUCCGGCUCCUCGCACGGCAUUCCUGUCCCUCCGCUUAGGUGGCGUGACGGCGAUGCGGUUCGCUGGACUGGCGGCGACGUCGCAGCCAGUGGAGCGUCGCGCGGCGGCGGCGGUCGCGAUGGCGAAGAGGGAGCAGGAGCUGGAGGAGAUCCGGGCCAUGACGACGGAACAGCUGGAGGAGGAGGUAGUAGACCUCAAGGGGGAGCUUUUCCUGCUCCGCCUUAAGCGCUCGGCGCGCCAGGAGUUCAAGAACAGCGAGUUCGGCCGCAUGCGCAAGAGGAUUUCCCGUAUGCUGACUGUGAAAAGAGAGCGGGAAAUUGAACAAGGAAUCAACAAGAGAUUGUCUAGGAAGCUUGAUAGGAAAUGGAAGCAGAGCAUUGUGGUCAGACCACCACCAUCUCUAAGGGAGAACAAAGAGGAGUAG